AUGCAGCGUCAACUCGGCAAGGUUCACAAAGACAGGGAUUCGUCCAAAACAAUAAAAAGUUGUUACGAAUUGGGAGGAAAUGCAAAACUUAACUGUAAGGGCUUCUUCCUUCAUGAGGUCGGCAUGUACAAUAGCAUUGAGUCCUCCUUCGUAAUUAACGGCACCUUCAUCACCAUACUGGUGUCCCUCCCGCUGAUAGUUUUUGCCUUCUUGUUCAAUCUCUUCUACCUCCUUGUCCUUAUUUUUAUGAGCUCACGUAGCUGUUAUCAUCGAGAGUUCGGCAUCUCCUACAUAGUCCUUGUUCUCCUCUCUCUCGUGACUGACAAUGUGCUCGGUUCCUUGCUUGUUCGUGGACUGCCUUGGAUAGACAGCGGGGCGAUUGAAGUGGCUGUGACUAGCCACAAGGCUUGUAAGUACUACUCCUUUUUAAGCACAUUUCUCUCCGCCUCCAAAGCUAAUUUACUCAUGGCCCACUGCCUCCUCCAUGUCUUCUCCAUUGAACUCCACUCCGAACGCAAACGUAUAACCUUGAGCAUUGCCGUGCUUAACGCGCUGUGUGUCCUCGUCGGGGCCUUCAAGGCAAUCUCCACAGCUGCUGUCCACGGAGUCUGGGUCAUCGGAAACCGUCUUGUCUGUCUCCCCGAUCCUGAGUGGUCACAAAUACUUGUCACCUUGCAUAUGGUCCACAAAGCUCUGUUUUGUGAUGGAAUUAUGCAGUCCCUUGUAAUCCUGAUAGCCUGUUUCCAUCUCCGUCGAAUAUACCUUCGCUUAGGUCGCACCAAUAGUUGCAUACUAUUCUCUACCGACUCCAAAUUCCCCCUCUUUGACAACCUUAAACGCUUGAGAGAGAGGAACCUCCGUACCCAAGAGUGUCUGCGUGUAGUCUACGUGCAUGCAACCUUCAUGGCGGUGGCCAUGAUUGCUAAGGCUAUUGCUACGCUUUUCCUGACAGAUUUUCUCUACGGAUCGCGGCGUCACACUAUCUAUGAACCGAAUGUGCUAAUAAAAUUACUCUUUCACCUCACUCUUCAUGAUCUAAUAGGUAAUUUUGCGGUGGCCGGCAACCUACUACAUGCCUGGAUAGCCUUCUUUUGGCAGUCAACAAUGCGUAACACCUUUCUCCAAUUCUUUGUAAUACUUUCCCGACCCCUUAAACGGCUUCGAGGGUGGAUACACUUCCUCUUUUACACUGAUACAAUCGUGACUGCAAGGAAGUCUGAAAAAAAUAGAAAAAGUUUAACGAUUGAAAAGAACUUUCUUAGGUAUGCCGGACCCAUUGCCUCUCGACUGACUGACGAGAAUUUGAAGGAGGCUCUCAGCUGGCUUCUCAGCGUGCCCAACCUGCCAAGGGAGAUGGAGGAGUUCAUUGAACAGUGUGGAAUCUCGAAACGACGGUGA